CCUGCUGCUGUGGUGUGGUGCACUGGUCUACCUAACAGCUAACGGUAUCUGCUCUGCCUACGUCCCCAUGCUCAUGGUGGCAUUCCCUCUGGUCACCAAGCUGCUCCUUGCCAGGAAGUUCAAACUCCGAGGUAAAGAGACUUGAGUGGUCAAAACAUUGUACAUUGUACCACACUGUACCUGGUUCUGUGUUACAUAUUUAUAACUUUUAUUUGAAUUUGUCUCCCAUGAGGAAGUUCCUUUUCAUUAAAAAUAAAUUAUUACUGGUUAGUGUUGGAUACUAGGGUUGGGCGAUAUUUGGGGAAACGUCUUCUACGAUAUGCUACUCCAAAUAUCGCGAUAUCCAAUAUAAUUGUUUUGCACCGUUAAUGACUAAAUCAUUUUAAAAAACGUAUUUACAAUAUUAUAGUCACAUUCUCAUUAAAUAAUCUUUGUGUAACAAAACAAUAAGGCUUAGUUAAUUCAUUUAGACUUGAUUUUCAACAUAUCGAUACAGCCUAACUGAUAAAACAACACAGUUUUUAUUUGUAAAGUUCAAAUGGAAUAUAGUCUUUCUUGCACAUCAUAUCAUGAUAUUGGCCCAACCCUACUGGAUACUGUUAAAUGCUCCCAUUGUUAUUAUUAAGGGUGAUGUUUAAUCAGAAGGUCUUUGUCAGUUCAUUUUCACAGCUCAGCAACAAUACUGAUACAUUGAUGUGUCUCGCCAGGAUAGUUUUUUUUAAUUGAAUGGCAGGAAUUGUUAUUAUUCUGGCUCUUAAUAUGUCCCUCCUGUCCUGCUUUGGUCCAGGUGCAUCUGUGAAUUACUCUGUGCUCUACCAGCUGGGUUAGGGUUAGUUAAUGUAAAUGUAUCUCUCCUGUGUAUAUCUCCAGGUGUGUCGGUGAAGUACUAUGUGCUCUACCAGCUGGGUCUGGCUCUGCCAUAUGUCCACUUCAUGUUCCUGAUCUGGGUGGUGUUUGAGAUCUUCACGCCCAUCCUGGGGCGCAGCGGCACAGCGAUCCACCCUGACGUGGUCCUGGCCACCCUCGUUACCCUCACCAUACUCUUCCUCUCCUCCUUCUUUGUCAGUACAGUUACUGUACCUCUUUAGCAUAAGAUAAAACAACUAAACUGUCCUGUUUCAAGUGUAUCUUAGUGCUCCUAAAUGGGAUGACAGGUAAACCACUGUGCUUUUAAGCCUCUCUUUCUCGCUCUGUUCUCUUCUCUCUUCUCUUCUCUCCCCCAGCUCCACUUUAUCUACCUGGCCAGGUCUACUAAGUGGCUGUUGUCAGGUCUGGGAACAGUGUUUACUGUGUUUCUGUUACUUGUAUCCUGUGGUCUGUUCUUCCCCUACACAGCAGACCCCUCCGGCCCACGCCCCAAACGGGUCUUCAUCCAGGUGAGACCAUCUGAGGCACUUUCUGCUUACACAAACACACCUGACAGAUUUUUAUUUAACCUUAUUUAUCCAGGCAUGUCAGUUAAUAACAAAUAAUUAUUUACAUUUUAUUCAUUAAUGCUUUAGAUAGGGAUAGAUGCAAACAUGUUGACACAUUGAAUAAACGAUUAUCGGAUGCGUUGCACCCCCGCCCCAAAGCAUACCACUCGUACCUUCCAUGGUCUGGAUGGCCAGGUGGAGAGUAGAGACUCAGGUCUGUGGAUCAACAGCUUAGACUACACUGGCAUGCAGCACAUCACGCCUAUCAUACCAGAGAUCAAUGAUACCAUCAAGGCCAAUUGUCAGGAGGACAUGCCUUUCUGUGGCUACCCCUGGUUCAAAUCUGUCAAGUAAGUCACACCCACAGAAUUAAAUGGAAUAUUUAUUAUAAUUCUAAUAUAUUUUAUGUAUUAUAUUGUAUCUCUGUGGUCCCACCUGACCUGACUACUCUGCUCUGUUUAUAAACUCAGCAAAAAAAGAAACGUCCCUUUUUCAGGACCCUGUCUUUCAAAGAUAAUUAGUAAAAAUCCAAAUAACUUCACAGAUCUUCAUUGUAAAGGGUUUAAACACUGUUUCCCAUGCUUGUUCAAUGAACAAUAAACAAUUAAUGAACAUGCACCUGUGGAACGGUCGUUAAGACACUAACAUCUUACAGACGGUAGGCAAUUAAGGUCACAGUUAUGAAAACUUAGGACACUAAAGAGGCCUUUCUACUGACACCAAAAGAAAGAUGCCCAGGGUCCCUGCUCAUCUGCGUGAACGUGCCUUAGGCAUGCUGCAAGGAGGCAUGAGGACUGCAGAUGUGGCCAGGGCAAUAAAUUGCAAUGUUCAUACUGUGAGACGCCUAAGACAGCGCUACAGGGAGACAGGAUGGACAGCUGAUCGUCCUCGCAGUGGCAGACCACGUGUAACAACACCUGCACAGGAUCGGUACAUCCGAACAUCACACCUGCGGGACAGGUACAGGAUGGCAACAACAACUGCCCGAGUUACACCAGGAAUGCACAAUCCCUCCAUCAGUGCUCAGACUGUCCGCAAUAGGCUGAGAGAGGCUGCUUGUAGGCCUGUUGUAAGGCAGGUCCUCACCAGACAUCACCGGCAACAACGUCGCCUAUGGGCACAAACCCACCGUCGCUGGACCAGACAGGAUUGGCAAAAUGUGCUCUUCACUGAUGAGUCGCGGUUUUGUCUCACCAGGGGUGAUGGUCGGAUUCACAUUUAUCGUCAAAGGAAUGAGCGUUACACCGAGGCCUGUACUCUGGAACGGGAUUGAUUUGGAGGUGGAGGGUCCGUCAUGGUCUGGGGCGGUGUGUCACAGCAUCAUUGGACUGAGCUUGUUGUCAUUGCAAGGCAAUCUCUAUGCUGUGCGUUACAGGGAAGACAUCUUCCUCCCUCAUGUGGUACCCUUCCUGCAGGCUCAUCCUGACAUGACCCUCUAGCAUGACAAUGCCACCAGCCAUACUGCUCGUUCUGUGCUUGAUUUCCUGCAAGACAGGAAUGUCAGUGUUCUGCCAUGGCCAGCGAAGAGCCCGGAUCGCAAUCCCAUUGAGCACGUCUGGGACCUGUUGGAUCGGAGGGUGAGGGCUAGGGCCAUUCCCCCCAGAAAUGUCUGGGAACUUGCAGGUGCCUUGGUGGAAGAGUGGGGUAACAUCUCACAGCAAGAACUGGCAAAUCUGGUGCAGUCCAUGAAAAUGAGAUGCACUGCAGUACUUAAUGCAGCUGGUGGCCACACCAGAUACUGACUGUUACUUUUGAUUUUGACCCCCCCCCCUUUGUUCAGGGACACAUUAUUCCAUUUAUGUUAGUCACGUCUGUGGAACUUGUUCAGUUUAUGUCUCAGUUGUUGAAUCUUGUUAUGUUCAUACAAAAAUGUAUACAUGUUAAGUUUGCUGAAAAUAAAUGCAGUUGACAGUGAGAGGACAUUUCUUUUUUUGCUGAGUUUAGUUAUGUUGCUGAUGAUGGAUUUAGUGGUAUGCCAAUUUGUUGUUUAUGACUUGAUGAUGCACUGUCCAUAUAGUUAGGCGGAUCAUAUCUUUUACUUGUGUUUUAUAUUGUAUUACAUCGGAUUGUAUGUAUGUUUCUGCAUAUGUACCAAGAUGUUCAAAUAAACCUAAACUUAACCUAAACCUGGUGGUAUACAGAUACAGUACCAGUCAAAAGUUUGGACACACCUACUCAUUACAGGGUUUUUCUUUAUUUGACUAUUUCCUACAUUGUAGACUAAUAGUGAAGACAUCAAAACUAUGAAAUAACACAUAUGGAAUCAUGUAGUAACCAAAAAAGUGUUCAACAAAUCAAAAUAUAUUUUAUAUUUGAGAUUCUUCAAAUAGCCACCCUUUGCCUUGAUGACGGCUUUGCACACUCUUGGCAUUCUCUCAACUAGCUUCAUGAGGUAAUCACCUGGAAUGCAUUUCAAUUAACAGGUGUGCCUUGUUAAAAGUUAACUUGUGGAAUUUAUUUCCUUCUUAAUGCAUUUGAUUCAAUCAGUUGUGUUGUGACAAGGUAGGGGUGGUAUACAGAAGAUAUUUGGUAAAAGACCAAGUCCAUAUUAUGGCAAGAACAGCUCAAAUAAGCAAAGAGAAACAACAGUCCAUCAUUACUUUAAGGCAUGAAGGUCAGUCAAUCCGGAACAUUUCAAGAACUUUGAAAAUUUCUUCAAGUGCAGUUGCAAAAACCAUGAAGCACUAUGAUGAAACUGGCUCUCAUGAGGACCGCCACAGGAAAGGAAGACCCAGAGUUACCUCUGCUGCAGAGGAUAAGUUCAUUAAAGUUAACUGCUCCUCAGAUUGCAGCCCAAAUAAAUGCUUCACAGAGUUCAAGUAACAGACACAUCUCAACAUCAACUGUUCAGAGGAGACUGCGUGAAUCAUCAGGCCUUCAUGGUCGAAUUGCUGCAAAGAAACCACUACUAAAGGACACCACUAAGGAGUAGAGACUUGCUUGGGCCAAGAAACAUGAGCAAUGGCCAUUAGACCGGUGGAAAUCUGUCCUUUCGUCUGAUGAGUCCAAAUGUGAGAUUUUUGGUUCCAAUCGGCGUGUCUUUGUGAGACGCAGAGUAGGUUAACGGAUGAUCUCCGCAUGUGUGGUUCCCACCGUGAAGCAUGGAGGAGGGGGUGUGAUGGUGUGGGGGUGUUUUACUGGUGACACUGUCUGUGAUUUAUUUAGAAUUCAGGGCACACUUAACCAGCAUGGCUACCACAGCAUUCUGCAGCGAUACGCCUUCCCAUCUGGUUUGCGCUUAGUGGGACUAUCAUUUGUUUUUCAACAGGACAAUGACCCAACACACCUCCAGGCUGUGUAAGGGCUAUUUGACCAAGGAGGAGAGUGAUGGAGUGCUUCAUCAGAUGACCUGGCCUCCACAAUCACCCAACCUCAACCGAAUUGAGAUGUUUUGGGAUGAGUUGGACCGCAGAGUGAAGGAAAAGCAGCCAACAAGUGCUCAGCAUAUGUGGGAACUCCUUCAAGACUGUUGGAAAAGCAUUCCUCAUGAAGCUGGUUGAGAGAAUGCCAAGAGUGUGCAAAGCUGUCAUCAAGGCAAAGGGUGGCUACUUUGAAGAAUCUCAAAUAUAAAAUAUAUUUUGAUUUGUUUAACUUUUUUGGUUACUACAUGAUUCCAUGUGUGUUAUUACAUAGUUUUGAUGUCUUCAUUAUUAUUCUACAAUGUAGAAAAUAGUGAUAAUAAAGAAAAACCUUUGAAUGAGUAGGUGUGUCCAAACUUUUGACUGGUAUUGUAUAUACUUAAAAAGAAAGACAUGAGCUGUUUAAAAUGUUACUGUAUUAUGCACAUACCAUAUUUAUUUUGUUGGAACACUUUCUGGCAAAUUUUGACUGGUUCAGCAAAAAAUUAAAAUAAAUAAGCUGUACACAUUUUUUGUUAUUAAUUUUCUGGUUUUCAGGGACAACUGGUACCUCCCGGCCCCUGAGGUCUUUCCUAAGUCUCCUGUGGAGUUUCAGCUCCUUUCUAAAGACAAGACGACAAAAUGGGGAACAGUUAAGAUGACUUUUGAAGUCAAAGGUGAGAUGUCACUUUAUCCUCUAAUCCUCCGCACAUACCUUCUAUAAGAUCCAAUACCCCCCCAGCACUUUCCAAAUAUUUUUUUUAAAUGGCACUACCCUCAUGUGUGACUAGAUCCCAUAGUUUGUCACCUCAUGUGGUCAGGAUUAACUCCUGACCCUACAGUUCAUUCGGAAAGUAUUCAGACCCCUUGACUUUUUCCACAUUUUGUUACGUUACAGCCUAAUUUUAAAAUUGAUUAAAUUGUUUUGUUUUUCCUCAUCAAUCUACACACAAUACCCCAUAAUGACUAAGCAAAAACAGGUUUUUAGAAAUCUUUGCAAAUUUAUUUAAAAAAAUAAGAAACUGAAAUAUCACUUUACAUAAGUAUUCAGACCCUUUACUCAGUAUUUUGUUGAAGCACCUUUGGCAGCGAUUACAGCCUCGAGUCUUCUUGGGUAUGACGCUACAAGCUUGGCACACCUGUAUUUGGGGAGUUUCUCCCAUUCUUCUCUGCAGAUCCUCUCAAGCUCUGUCAGGUUGGAUGGGGAGCGUCUCUGCACAGCUAUUUUCAGGUCUCUCCAGAGAUGUACCGAUCGGGUUCAAGUCUGCGCUCUGGUUAAGCCACUCAAGGACAUUCAGAGACUUGUCCCGAAGCCACUCCUGCGUUGUCUUGUCAGUGUGCUUAGGGUCGUUGUCCUGUUGGAAGGUAAACCUUCGCCCCAGUCUGAGGUCCUGAGCGCUCUGGAGCAGGUUUUCAUCAAGGAUCUCUCUGUACUUUGCUCCGUUCAUCUUUCCCUCGAUCCUGUUGGUGCAGUGCUGCAGAGAUGGUUGUCCUUCUGGAAGGUUCUCCCAUCUCCACAGAGGAACUCUGGAGCUCAGUCAGUGACCAUCUGGUUCUUGGUCACCUCCCUGAUCAAGGCCCUUCUCCCCUGAUUGCUCAGUUUGGCAGGGUGCCCAGCUCUAGGAAGAGUCUUGAUUGUUCCAAACUUCUUCCAUUGAAGAACGAUGGAGGCCACUGUGUUCUUGGACCUUCAAUGCUGCAGAAAUGUUUUGGUACCCUUCCCCAGAUCUGUGCCUCGACACAAUCCUGUCUCUGAGCUUUACGGACAAUUCCUUCAACCUCAUGGCUUGGUUUUUGCUCUGACAUGCAAGGUCAACUGUGGGACCUUUAUUUUGACAGGUGUGUGCCUUUCCAAAUCAUGUCCAAUCAAUUGAAUUUACCACAGGUGGACUCCAAUGAAGUUGUAGAAACAUCUCAAGGAUGAUCAAUAGAAACAGGAUGCACCUGAGCUCAAUUUCGAGUCUCAUAGCAAAGGAUCUGAAUACUUAUGUAAAUAAGUUAUUUCUGUUUUUUAUGUUAUAUUAUUUUGCACAAAAAAAUACAAACCUUUGUCAUUAUGGGCUAUUGUGUGUAGAUUGAGGGGAAGAAAAUAAUGUAAUCCAUUUUAGAAUGUGGAAAAAGUCAAGGCUUCUGAAUACUUUACGAAUGCAAUCUACACCCAAUGUCCCAUAAUGACAAAGCGAAAACAGGUUUCUAGAAAUUGCUGCCAAUAUAUUACAAAUAAAAAACAGAAAUACCUUAUUUGCAUAAGUAUUCAGACCCAUUGCUAUGAGACUCGAAAUUGAGCUCAGGUGCAUCCUGUUUCCAUUGAUCUGCUCCAGAGCGCUCAGAACCUCAGACUGGGGCAAAGGUUCACCUUCCAACAGGACAACGACCCUAAGCACACAGCCAAGACAAAACAGGAUUGGCUUCGGGACAAGUCUCUGAAUGUCCUUGAGUGGCCCAGCCAGAGCCCGGACUUGAACCCGAUCAUUAUUAUUAUUUAUAAAUUAGCCAAACAUUUCUACAAACUUGUUUUUGCUUUGUCCUUAUGGGGUAUUGUGUGUAGAUUGAUGAGGGAAAAAAACACUUUUAUCCAUUGUAGAAUAAAGCUGUAACAUAACAAAGUGGAAAAAGUAAUGGGGUCUGAAUACUUUCUGAAUUCACUGUGUGUGUGUCCUCCAGGUCCCAGCCACAUGUCCCUCUACCUCAUGCUCCACCGAGGGGCCUCUCUGUCUAGCUGGUCGUUUGGGGACAGCACCCCCCACUUUAACCUGGCUGGAGAGUACCUCAUAUUCUACACCCACGGCCUGGACGCCCCCGCCUGGUACUUCUGGUUCGAAAUACAGGUACUGACUAUUAGGGAUUUAAGGUUCCAAGCAGGCAAAGCUGGUGACAAUCAGAACUGGUUGUUAUCUGGUUGUAAUGACAUCAUUUGGACCAGUUUUGCCUGCUGGGUUAGCUCUUAGUUUCAAACAUUCCUUUUUUCAUGCACAAUGUAUUUUCAAAAGCUUGACAGGAAUUUGUGCACAUUAACCUUUUGUAGGAAUGUUUGUAUUGUGCACAGUGUACAUAUCAUUGUGUGUAUAUUUAUAUAUUGUCCAUAUAUGUUUGUGUCUGUAUUUCUCCUCUCUAGCCUCCCAGAGAGGAGGACCCGUUGGGCCCAGAGGGGAUGAUCUCAGUAGCCAUCUCAUCUAAUUACUGCUUUGGAGAGGACCAGAGGACUGUUCAGCUAGACGACAUGCUACAGAGGUUCCCCAAGUGGGCCUUCCCCUCUUCCUGGGUCUCCACCUAUCACAUGUACCGAUAC